AUGGCCGCCGCCGCCCGCCCCAUCGUCACCGUCCAUACCGUGGAGAGCGACAUGGCCACCGACGGCGACGCCGCCAACUCCCUUCCCCUCCCGGACGUGAUGAAGGCGGCGAUCCGCCCUGACAUUGUCACAUUCGUCCACGGCCAGCUCUCCAACAACGCUCGCCAGUCCUACGCCGUCUCCAAGCGCGCCGGCUACAAGACCUCCGCCAAGUCCUGGGGAACCGGGCGCGCCGUCUCCCGUAUCCCCCGCGUCCCCGGUGGAGGCACCCACCGCGCCGGCCAGGGAGCCUUCGGGAACAUGUGCAAAGGCGGCGGCAUGUACGCGCCGACCAAGACCUGGCGCCGCUGGCACAGGGCCGUCAACGUCCCCCAGAAGAGGCACGCCGUGGUCUCGGCGAUCGCCGCCUCUGCCGUCCCCUCGCUCGUGCUCGCGCGCGGCCACAGGAUCGAGGAAGCUCCGGAGCUUCCUUUGGUCGUGUCGGACACCGUCGAGGCUGUUGAGAAGACCAGCGCCGCCAUCAAAAUCCUCAAACAGGUCGGUGCAUACCCUGAUACCGAGAAGGCUAAAGACAGUCAUGCUAUUCGCCCCGGAAAGGGUAAAAUGCGCAACCGGCGCUACAUUUCCAGGAAAGGCCCUCUAGUGGUGUACGGGACUGAAGGCACCAAGCUGACCAAGGCUUUCAGGAACAUCCCCGGAGUUGAGCUUGCCCACGUGUCCAGACUCAAUCUCCUCAAGCUCGCCCCUGGAGGCCAUCUUGGGAGGUUUGUUGUCUGGACAAAAUCUGCUUUCGAGAAGCUUGAUGAGAUUUACGGUACAUUCGACAAGCCGUCUGAGAUGAAGAAGGGAUAUGUACUGCCAAAGACCAAGAUGGUGAAUGCCGACCUGGCGAGGAUCAUCAAUUCUGAUGAGGUGCAGUCUGUUGUGAAGCCUAUCAAGAAGGAGAUCAAGAGGGCUCCAUUGAAGAAGAACCCGCUGAAGAAUCUGAAUGUGAUGUUGAAGCUCAACCCUUAUGCUAAGGCUGCCAAGAGGAUGUCUCUAUUGGCCGAGGCCCAGAGAGUUCUGGCUAAGAAGGAGAAGCUUGACAAGAAGAGGAAGCAGAUCACCAAGGAAGAGGCAUCCGCAAUCCAAUCCGCUGGCAAGUCUUGGUACAAGACAAUGAUCUCAGACAGUGAUUAUUCAGAAUUCGAGAACUUCUCCAAGUGGUUAGGCGUGUCUCAGUGA